AUGGAUGAUUACAAUCAGGACUUCUUCGCCGGCCCACCUGAGCAUUAUGCUCACCAGGACCUGCAGCACAAUCCUUUUGCCGCCAUGCUGCCACCCGACUAUGCCUACCCUCCGCAUGCUUCUGAUCCUCAGUACGCAUCUGAGCAUGGCUACUAUGGCCAGGGCCCCAUCGUCCACGAGGGUUUCAUCCCGGCCAUGGAAGACGUUCAGUACCAAGACGAGCAGGUCAACUCCAGCUAUCCCUCACCGUGGACUGCGCACCAGGAGGAAGACAUGCUGGACACUGAUGACGACAUGAUGAUGAAUGAAGAACUUGUUCUCAAUGGCGACAUUCCCGGCCUCCGUGGCCCCACCCUUGAUCCCGAUUUCUCUGGUUCCGAAGAAAGUGUGAAUCCCGGCGGCAUCUCUGAUGAGGACCCGGACUCUGAUUUCGAUCUCGACGACGCCCCGAAAAGCCGGGGCCGCGGACGAGGCCGAGGCCGCGGCAGAGGCCGUGCUGCCAGAGGAUCUCGCGGUCGCGGCCGUGGUCGAGGCCGAGGCCGAGGUCGAGGUCGAUCUGGUGCUGAUGACGGCGACGGCAGACCGCGCGGCGUCCCAAGGGCCAGGAGAAGGCAUCGCGAGGCGAAGGAUCCAGGUCCGGAGUUCAAGGAUACGCUCGCGAAAGCAACCCAAGCCUGGCUCAGAGAGGACCUUGAAACCGCCAUGAAGCAUGCCGGCAAUGCCAUAAAGAUAAAUCCAGAGGUAUUUGCCUCUUACAACCUUCUUUCUGAGAUUCUGUACGCCAAGGAACAGUACGAAGAGUCCGUACACGUGCUCUCCAUGGGUGCGGUCCUCCAGCGAGAUGUCAGCUUGUGGCACAGAAUCGCCACCAGGGUUCUCGAUCUUGAAGGUGAUGAGAGGGCUCGCCUGGAAUGGGCUCAUCGGUGCUACAGCCAAGCCAUUCGCAUCGACCCGAACGACUGGGAGUCUCGUUGUCGGAGGCUUGACUUCCAGCUCAGAUUCGACCACAAGGGCCAGGCCAAGUCGGAGUUGGAAAUGAUGCUGAAGAUCGAAGGCCACGAAUAUGAGCUGGACCGUAUUCAGCAACUUGCUGAAUUGUGCGCCGUCACUCAAGAGCCUGAGCGGGCUGUAGAACCUUUCGAGAAAGCCAUCGAGUAUCACAUGAGAUUCCAGAAGGACGACUACAGCCAGCUUGACUGGCAAAUUCUCAACAGCUACCUGGAACUGAUGCAAACGCUGAAGAGGUACGAUAGUGCCAUACCUCGACUGCGCUCUGGGGCAAGGUGGAUCCUUGGUCGGCAGAACGAGAGCUUUUGGGACGACCAAGCGGAUGAUCGUGAGUGGGAUCUGGACGACGAACCCCGAAGGAUCCAAGUUGAAGAGUUUGUGCCCGGCAAACAUGAUAAGUCUGCCUAUGGUGCUGGUCUACCACUUGAGAUCAGAGUUAAGUUGGGCAUGUUCCGCCUACAUAACGGUCCGACGUAUCUCAGUGAGGCUAUUGCGCAUUUCGAACACCUUGAGCCCGAAGACGGUUCGGAGAUGGCUGCUGUAUUUGACUUCGAUGAUUUAUUCAGAGAAGUCGCAGAUGCAUUAACCAUGUCAGGGAAUCAUGAGCAAGCAUUGCGCUACUACAACGCUCUACGGAGGGUACCAGAUGUCCCACAGACAGCGCUCUUCAUCUCAAUUUCGGCGUGCCACUGGGCACUCAGGAAUGACGUGGAAGCCGAACGAUUCAUCGAUGCCGCCCUCAAUGCAGCCGGCACAGAUCUCUCGGCCCGUGUCCAAGUCGCACGCUUCUUCCAAGAGUGGGGCAUGAUGCAAAGAUGCAAUGAAGUUGCCCAGGAUGUCAUUGCAAAAGGUGGAGUUGACCUCGUCAGGAAAGCCAAGCUGAACGUGCAACUGCCCACACAGAGGCCCACACAAGCAAGAGAUCAUGUGAAGAGGCCGGUUUCAGCCAAAGUCUCAAGGGCCCCAAGGCCAACCGUUCUGCGUGAGCUUGCACCGAAGCCGACUACUCUCGAAUCCCUCGAAUCCAGAAGGUCACCGACUAGGCCGAAGGAGGCAAAGGAGGUCAAGGCGCACAAGUCGAGACGCCGGCUUCGCGGGCUUCUGGAUUCGGAGAAGGAGAAGCUUGAAGGAGCCCAGCAGCGCGACAAAGCAAUCCGUGAGAUGUACCAGGAACUGAAAGCCAUCGAGGAUCUCGUGGAUGAGGGCGACGAAGAAUCAACGGAGACGUACAUGGAGUUUGCCGGGCAGAUGGUGGACGAAUUUCGUAGAAUGGAGGCCUUUUACCCAAGAAGGGACAAGCAUGUCAAGUUCGUGGGAUAUAUUGGCCGAAAGGGCAGUCAUUUCCGGAUGAAAGAGUCGGCACUCGCGUAUCUGGCUACGGUUUCUAACCGCGAAGGUGCUUCAGAAGGAGACCCCAGCACACAUCUCAAUGUCGGAGAACAGGCGCCUGAAGACUUCCAUGACAUCCCAUUCGAUGCGUGGCUCGACAUCUUCUGCCGCUACGCUCUACUGGUUGCGAAAUACGGCAAAAACAACCGCUGUUGGACAGUCAUUCAAGCCGCUGCCAAUGCGAACAUUUUUCACCACAGCAGUCAACGGGAACAUCACAUCUACGUUUGCUGGCUAGCAUGCGCUCUGAUUCUGCGAGAUGAGGAACACCUUUGCAACGCCUGUCGCUACCUCAUCAAGCAGCAUCCAUAUUCCAACGAUGCCUAUCGACUCUUUGGUCUGAUGAACCGCCUCUAUUCCGGCCAUCGGUCCUGGUACAAUGGUGGGCCGUCUCAGAAGUUCGUUCUCCGCCUCAUCAAGGCAAUGGAUUUCGCGCUUCUUGACAAAGAAGCUCGUCUCCUGUACAAGUUUGGUGAUCAAGAGCGCUCUGGCUACACCAAAGGCGGCCAGAACGACGGCAACCCGGAAGGGAUCACGGAUGUCAAUGUUGCUCUCCUGUCCAUGUAUGGACACGUACUCGCAAGCGGCGGGGCGUAUCUCAACGCGCUGAACUACUUCUUCAGGGCGUAUAGCGUGGAGCCAAACGACGCGGUGCUCAAUUUCUCCAUUGCGAUAGCAUACAUGCAGCAUGCGAUGAAGCGACAAUCGGAGAAUCGGCAAUAUCAGAUUCAGCAAGGACUGGGCUUUCUGCACCGCUACUACGAGUUGCGGAGCAAGUCGGGUGUUGACUUGCAACUACAGGAAGCGGAGUUCAACGUGGGGCGCGUCUGGCACAUGCUCGGUCUGUAUCAUUUGGCUCUGCCGGCAUACGAGCGCGUGCUGGCUCUGGGACGGCGAAUAAGCGCCGAGCACGCCAAGGAAGGGCCGGAUGGACUGCUCAGGGUGGAGGAUUUUGCAAAUGAUGCAGCAUAUGCGAUCCAGCUGAUCUUGGCUUUGACGGAGGAUUUCCAGGGAGCCAGAAACGUUACCAGAGAAUGGCUCGUCAUAUAG